AUGUAUAUGAUAAUUGCUUCGUCGGCGAGUGAAUUACAGAACCUGGGGCACUCAUAUUUGCGUCCGGCCUCGCAACAUGCGGCUCGAAAUUAUGGCAUUGCACUUAACGAGUUGAAUCUCUUGCUCGAUCAAGAUGUGAAGCCAGACUUGGACUCAAGUCUUACUUGUCUCUUCUUGAUGGCACAUUAUGAGCUGAAGCUUGGUUAUUCCAAUCAACAUCUUACGGUUCACCUGAAGGGUGUUGAAGCUCUGCUGGAGUCUGGAAACUACAUUUCAGCCCUCGGCAGGAAUAAGUCGCUGCCAUCAGAUGAGAAUGAGAUGGCUGAAGCCGAGAUCCAGCCGUUCUCCUCUCUCUCUGCACUACUGCUGGUUUGGAUAUUGUGA